AUGAAGCGUCAGCGUGUCGGGGUUGCGUGUGACAAGUGCCGCCUGCUUAAAGCAAAGUGUGACGGCCGCCAACCGGUGUGCUCCAGAUGUGACGGAUAUGGAUUCACCUGUUCAUGGUCAGCGCGCAAACCGAGAGGGUCUCCAGGAAGUCAACCUGACCUGGGCCGUCAAGGAAUCGACGAAUCUGGGCGUGAUUCUCAUGGUCCGCUGCCUAGCGGCACUACGGGGGACUUCCUCACGGCCUACGCAAACGCCACUCAAUCUUAUGAAGCAUUGAUUCGCGAGCUCAGGCUGAACUUGGAUCCUACUCAACAGGCUAAGCUUGAUGCUGGCCUGCAGAAUAUUCAGAAUCAAUUACCAGACGUUGCCAAAACCGAGCAGCCCGGUCCGAGCGCAAUAGCCGCCCCACAGGGAGACGAUACCACGGAGUCUUCGCCUACUUAUGUUGGCAAGGCAAGCGAUAUCCAUUUCGUCCAUUACAUCCGGAAAUAUGUGACCGGAAAUGGCUCUCUCGAUGAAGAUGAUCUCCCCACGCAGAGCUAUGCUCAUCAUCCCAAUCUAGGGACAUUCGUGGCGUUGACCCAACCGCCGUUGGUACCCUCAGAGGCUGAAGCAGAACAGUUUUUGGACGUCUACCUGUCGACCAUCCAUGUUGCGUAUCCAUUCAUCUGUAAAUCGGUGCUCCUCCGAGAAUUUGGCCGAUUUCAAGCGGGCGACCACAACCGGCCGGCGUUUCGGCCGUGGCUUGCCCUCUUCAACUUUAUUUUCGCCAUCGGAUCCUACUAUACCUCGUUUCCGCACGGGAGACACGGCGGCCCUUAUCCUUAUUUCCGGUAUUUCGAACAAGGACUCUACUUCUCACGGGAACUAGGCGCGGAUUGCUCGCUUGUCAAUAUUUGGAAUUUGCUCGUCCAGUGCUUCUUCUUACUAGCCGUGUGCCAUACGGAUAGAUGCUGGAAUACCCUGGGAUUCGCAAUCCGCAUGGGCCAUAGCAUCGGUCUGCAUGUAGAGAACUCGCCCAACUGCCCCUUGUCCAAGGAGCCGUGGAUCAAGGACCGCUCCCACUGGCGGCGUACGUGGUACGCCAUGUAUGUACUGGACCGGCUCUUAGCUCUUCAGCUCGGACGGCCGAUGGCCAUCCAUGAAGCCGACUUUCAUGUCGAGCUCCCUUCUGCAACAGACGACGCACCAUUUAGCCCUGGCGGUGGCGACGACAUCACAAGCCAGGAGCGCAAUCGAGUCCGUGGACAUAUGAUGGACUAUUUCCUCUCAGUCAUCGAGUUUUCUUGUAUAUUAGGAUUGGUCAUCCGGGAGCUAUAUCGACCAUCCCAGAUCGACAUUUCACCGGAGCAAAUGCUCCAGAGUACCGCGAGCCUAGACCAUCGCCUUACAGAAUGGAAGCUGCAACUCCCGCGGCAUCUCCGCUUCGACCUUGGGCACACCUUCGAGAAAUCUGUCUCGUUCAAACGCCAGCGAAACAUGCUCGCCGUCAAAUUCCACCACCUUCGCGCCCUCAUCCACCGCCCCUUCCUCUGCCUCCCCUUCCUCCAGAUGAACAACAUGCCUUUCCUAGACCUCCUUCUCCAGCACAAGGAACGCAUCUCCGAAGCAGAAUCCAUUUGCAUCCAUGAGGCCCAGCAAACAGCCCACCUCUUGCACAACGUUACCGACGAGCGCAGCCUCGUGCAUGAUUUCCCCUGGUGGCAAAUGAUCUCCUGUCUGAUCUGCGCGAGCUCGAUCCUCUUCGUGGCGGAGACCUUUUACAGCGAUAGUGCUUUCCUUCAUGGGCGAACGUCGCCGCAGUCGCUGCGCGAGGAUGCAGAGAGCUGCCUGAAGGUGUUUGAGGCGCUGAGCGUGAAUUCGGUUGCGGCGCAGAAGGCGGUGGAUAUGUUAAGUGCGUUGUCCCGCGCACGACGCCUGGGGGAGGAGCGUAAGUCGCACGCACCCCGUAGCCGAUUCUUGAAUGGAAUGCUGUUCACCCCGGCGCUAAACAAGACUAGAACUGUGCUUGCAGGAAAGCCUCUCUCCCCGCGCCAUCACCCCGCUACACCCGCUGGUUGGCCGUGCGAGUACGUCUACAUACCCUCCUCCCGCGCACCUCGGGACGUCUACAGCUAG